UACCAUGAUUUGACAUACACGAAUUACUCUCCUCUCCUCUCCUCUCCUCUCUCACUAGUUCAAAGAGCAAGAAUUCAGAAAGAUUUGAAGCCAGCCCGGUAUCAUUUUGUAACUUAAAAAUCCAGUACAAACACAAGAACAACCUGAUCGUCUCAUUUUGCAACUUAAAAAGCGCGUGAAAUGUUAGUACUAAUAGCAGUAGCAAACACUCCGAUUUGAAGAUUUCAAUGGUGUCCCAAACAACAAACCUGACAUCUGCAGAUUUAUUACACUGAUUGUCUCUAUUCCUUAUCUCUUAUUUGUCACUUUGAUUUGAAAAGAGCACUCACCUAUUAAGCAGCUUGGGCUCUGGGGGCAGUUACAAUCUUUGCUGUUUUUGGGACAGGCGAAGGCAGAGAUAAAAAGAGUGAAAUUCGCUUUGGAACAUGCAGUGGAUCUGAUGCAGAUGGUAUUCUGAGCAGGUACUGAUGAAGUUGGGUUCUUGAGAGAAAAAAAGAUUGCAUUUUUAGGAUUUUCUUUGGCAACCCAGAAAAUAAGAAAGAGAGGGGAAGAGAAAGUUAAAAAGGAAAAGAAGUUUUCAAGCAGCAGCGUUUGGAAAAGCAAGAUACCAUAGUUCUUGUUUGUGCAGGAUUUUGAAUCUAGCAAUGUCACUGGCAAUCAAACCUCAUCUCCACCAUCACAAUCACAGAAUGCACAAACCCACGUCAACAAACAGCAGAGACUGGACACAGAUCUACAAAAUUUAUGGCAUGGAACAAUGGCAAACAUUACUUUUUCUCACAUUUCAAGCUAUUCUCUUCUCCAUUUUAUCAAUCCUUUUCCUCCUUUACUUCCAACCAAUCUGUCAAUUUCUAGACACUCUCUUCAUCUUCACCCCCACCAGCUCCACCGGUGGUGGCAGUGCAGCACGUUUUGCUGCUGGAUUCACCGGCUGCGUGACAGCACUGUCUGCUGUUUGUUUGUUUUUCGCGGCCGGGAACUUCUUUUAUAGUGCUGUUGGGUUGCACUAUGAAAUGGCGCAAAGGAUCGUGAGUUGUGUGAAUGAUUGGUCUACUGUUAAGGUUGCUCUUGAUAUUGGGUGCGGCCGUGGGAUUUUGUUGAAUGCGGUGGCUACUCAGUUGAAGAAGACAGGGAGUUCGGGUCGGGUUGUUGGGUUGGACCGGUCUAAAAGAACUACUUUGUCUACGCUUCGAACCGCCAACAUAGAAGGUGUGGGAGAGUAUGUCACUUGCAGAGAGGGUGAUGUGAGGAGUCUACCGUUUGGUGACAACUAUUUUGAUGUUGUGGUAUCAGCUACUUUUGUACACACAGUUGGAAAAGAGUAUGGCCAUCGGACAGUGGAGGCCGCAGCGGAAAGAAUGAGGGUGUUGGGUGAGAUGGUCAGGGUUUUGAAGCCCUGUGGUGUUGGGGUUUUGUGGGAUCUACUACAUGUGCCGGAAUAUGUCCGCCGACUCCAAGAAUUGAAGAUGGAGGAUAUUAGGGUUUCAGAGCGGGUAACUGCCUUCAUGGUGAGCAGCCACAUCGUAUCAUUUCGGAAACCUAGUCAGCACAUGCUUGGUCCUGGUGAGGUUCGCCUGGAUUGGAGGUUCUGAUGUGCUAGUACACAUCCUAGUUAUUUGUCAAAAAAAUUAGGAAAAAAAAUAAAUCAAGAUGAAAAAAUAGGAAAAGAAUUAGAGAAAUAUACGUAAGUUACUGGUGAUCUUACUUUCAAAAGUCUGGGAAGACGAAGCCGGCCCAGAUGUCUUGUUGAAAACGUAUACAUGUGAUGUAGUAGUGCUAUUGUAUAUCAAUGAAGGAACUGAUUGCAAA